UUUAACCUCCAUACCAAAAUAGAUAACAUUACUCCUCUGCCUACAAAUAACUACCAGAUGAUAGUAAAAGUGGAGUCACCAUGUUAUGAGUUGGAGAGAAUAAAUCUAAAUGUCAGCAAUCCUUUUAACGAUGGCGGAGAAUUUAAAAUUAUUCUGCUAGAAACUAGAGGUGAUCAACUGGAUCCUAACCAAUCUAUCCCAGCCUCAGUCUUACUACGAACUAAAGAACGCAAGAAGAAACGAGUGAAAUCAAAGACCAAUCAUGGCCAGAAUCGACCUGAUACCCCACCCACCCCUCCUCCCCCAAUUAUUACUGACACCGAGGAAUUCAGCAAGCAGAAUAACACAGACUCUGCACAAUUGUUAAGUGCGUUUUCACUACCAGUAAAGUCUGUGUAUCUAGGACCAGGUCAGACAGCUGAAGUCGAGGUGGAUUUCUUGCCCUUCUUCACAGGAGAUCGUCAAUGUUCAGUGGUAUUCCUCAAUGAUGAUAUAGGAGAGUUUUUAUAUUCUAUAGAAGCGAAAGCCACGUUACCCCUUCCCUCACCUCUACCAUUUAUACCCAAUCAACAUACAGUUAGAGUCAGUAGUGCUGUUAUCACUGGACAUAGUCGAGGCAGUCGUCGUGGAUCAAUUGGAUCAGAAGAUAAUGUAGUAUUCUGGAAAUGUGAUUCAGGACAAACAUUGAAAGAAACAUUAUUAAUACCAGUGACCAACAUGGCUAAAGAACGAGCUUUAAUACUCGCUGCUCAACAGAGAAUGAGUGAUCUAGAAAUACAGCGACGCAGUGCAACAGGCACAUUAACAAGUUCUAGUGUAGCUGUCAAAACAGUUAAAAUGUUGUCUACUUCACAAAACUUGAAGAAAACCAAAUCAAAACUUAACCAAUUAACAAAAUAUUCUGUCGAGGUGGAUUCUGAAUUUUAUAAAGUACCAUCACAUGUUUCAAUGCCAAGUCCACUAGAUGCCCGUGCCCACAGCGCUCCUUCUAACACUAGAAUACCCCAUGGUAUGCGAUUGGACGAUGGUAUUGUUGAACUACCAAUCGUAUUUAAAGCUGGUGCUGCUGGACAUUAUCCAGCACAGAUAACUCUCAGGUCCACUGACGAUAUUCGUGUAUAUCAACUUGAAUGCACUGUCAACCCAGACGGAAGUAUGGCUGAAUUAGAGUUAUCUGUCCCUGUCAAUCAAUCUGUCACUCAGCACAUACCGAUUGUCAAUAUGACAAACCAUGAUUGGCCAUUACGAGCUGAGAUUAUAGGGGAAGGAUUUUCUGGACCAAAGUCUCAUCUAGCUAAAGCUUACCAAACAGCUCAAUAUCCCCUGGUGUUUAAACCUCUUUAUGAGACAAAUGUAGAGGGUAAACUAAUUCUAUCUAAUAUAGAAGAUGGCACAGACCAUGUAUUUGUUCUACAAGGUAAACCAGAAAAACCACUUGCUGAAGAUCAUCUCAAAAUAGAAUGUGAGGCCAGGAAGAGUAUUGUGUUCAAUAUUCAAGUACCUAAUGCUACAAAGAAAAGACAAACAUUUUAUAUUGAAUCAGAUAUAGAGUUUACCAGUGGUAAUGAUAGUAUCACAGUUCUACCAGCUCAGACAGGAAGUUAUGAUCUAGUUGUCUCCCCUACCAGACGAGGAACGUAUAAAGGUGUCAUCGCUUUUACAGCCUCUAAACAUCCCCAAAUUGAAGUGGACAGUGAUGGUGAUGAGGUACCAGCUGAUCCCAAUGAUUCUGUUUAUAAUGGACACAGAAUCUGGUAUUCUGUAGAAAUCAAUGUAGCCCCACCCCCACCAGAACGAACCCUUGACAUCACCUGUAACUGUAGGAAAAAGAUGAUGGUUGAUAUUAUAGUGAAAAACCCAACUAGUUUACAGAUAGAACUAGAGGCUGAAAUAAUGGGUCGUGAUCUAUCAGGUCCGUCAACUAUAGCGCUUUCUGGUGGAGAAAAAGAUGUCUAUACUUUAACCUUUGAACCCUCACAUGUUGGUAAAAGAAAAGGAAGUGUGAUAUUCUAUGGUGAGGCUGUAGGAGAGUUUUGGUAUGAACUGAACUGUAUUUCUGAACCACCUGAACCUCAGAUAUUACAACAUCAAGAAUGUGAACUGGGCAGAUGGACAAAAUUGAUGAUCAGUUUGGAUAAUCCCACUAAGGAAUCCUUAGAGUUAAUUCCCUUUAUAUCAAACACCAAUAAUUUCUCAUUGGAAGUUGAUAAUGAACAACCAAUCAACUUGCCGUCUUAUUCUAAAAUAGAGGUUCCUCUUCAUUUUAUGCCAUCAACUUUAGGCAAUGGAUCUCAUACCACUAAGGUUUCCUUUACUAGCAAACAGUUUGGAGAGUGGGUGUUUGAAGCUUCAGGUAUAGGAUUAAUCCCCUCCCCCCAGGAUCCUGUCAGUGUCUAUACAGCCGCUGGUUCUAAUACCACCCUCAUCAUACCAUUCCGUAACCCCAUGGAUCAAACAGUACUAGCUGAUGUCAUACUGACUGAUGAAGAUGAAAAUAAAGAUGAUGGAAAAAAUUCACCCUUUUGUUUGUUACUGAAGCACAAUACUGGAUUACGUUUGCCACCGAAAGCAACGUUAGAUAUCCCAAUCAGCUUUGCUCCUGGUGAAAUGAAGAAAUAUCAGUCAUUAUGUACGGUUGUGGUUCGUAGAGAUGAUGGAGAGAAAUGGAAUUAUGUUCCCAAAUCCGAGUCAGGAGUUCCUGAGAAACAGAGUGGAGAAGAUCUUCAUGUCAUUAAAUGGUAUUUCCCGAUUCACGGAAUCCCUGAGUCUCGCCCAGUCCGGGACAGUCUGGCUCCGCUAGUAGAGUGUCGAGCACGGGAAAAAAUUCAGCAGAGAUUAGAAGUCACUCUAGCUGGAGUGGCUCCUAGUUCUGCUGGUCCUAACAGACGCAUGAAAACAAGGGCAAUAACUCCUAAGAAUAAAGAACCUACUAUUCCAGAUGGCAUUGUAGUUGGUGAAACUCUGGCAGUCACCAAUGAAUUUAUGUAUGAAAUAAAGUUUGGUGAUUCAUCUGAUGCCAAAGCUCUAAAAGCUUCAGUAGAUUUAAGUCUGGUACGUCAACAUCGUGAUAAAGAGACAGGACUGGUUGUUCUAGUCUUCAAUGUUAUUUUUAAUCCAUUCAAAGCUCUGAACUGUGAUGUUCAGCUUCAUGUUCAAGCAGCAACUGGUGGUUUAUGGAAAUUCCCGCUCAAAUUCAAAUCUACAGAACCACCAACAGACGACACUAUUCAGAUUGAGGCUACAGGAUUAAAUAAACCUUCUAGUGUGGGUUUUAGACUCUCCAGUCGAACUACAGAGCCAGUUCCAUACACGGCGUAUUUCACUGCAGGAAGUGACCCAGAGAUAACUGUAUCUCCGGAGGGAGGAGAGCUCUUACCCUCCGAUACAGACGGAACUCAUUUUGUGAUUAAUUUUCUACCAGCAGUGUAUGGCAAAGUUUACACAGCAAAAUUAGUCAUACAGACGUCUGAUAUGCAGUGGAGUUACAACAUUCGUGGAGUUUUGCCUGAAUAUUCUCCACCUAGAGGUACAUCAUCUCGACCAAUGGCAGGCCCCCAUCCUGAUCCCCGUUACCGUGGACAACCAGUAAACUAUGUACAAGACAAUAUACAACUACUCACAACAGCUGUGUCGUCUCCUAUUAAAGGAGCAAAACUUGUUUUACCCCGAGUCUUAUAAACUUUCUAUCAGGCAAACAUGGUCUAAUAUAUUCAAAUAUUUAAGGAAAAUAUAAACUAUUAGUGAAGCUUUUCUGUAUUUGUUCAUAUCUGAUGCACCUCUGCAGUUUUGAUGCCAAAUUGACUU